UCUUUUUAACUCAUUUUCUUUCUUCUGAACAAAAAUGACAGAAGCACGCGUAGAGGUACCAGAGGAUUUUGACUUUGAGACAUACAUUAACAGUUACGAAGGUUUUACACGUAUCGCAAGAAGUCUGUUCAUUGCGAAACGCUGUGAUGCACUUGCUGUGGAAGGUUAUAAAACCGCCAUUCAUGAAAUCAAGACAACCACUAUGAACACAACCAAGUAUAAUUACACCUUGGACAACUUGAAUGCGGUCUUGCGUAGCCAAAAUCGUCCUACUUUGCCUGCAGAUCAAGACUGGAUCACUGAAACACAGCUUAGAAAUAAGGCAACCUUGGAUGCGUUGGAAAACGAACUCAAAGCAGCGAAGACAAGUGUUACAAAAGAAGGAAUUAGGGUUGCUCAUACCAAAUUGGGUGAUUAUUACUACAAGAAAGGUGACCUUCCUGCUGCCAUGAAAAAUUAUAUACGUACCCGAGACUAUUGUGCUACAAGUCAAAAUAUUAUUGAUAUGUGUUUCAAUACAAUCAAGGUCUAUUUAGAUGAUUCUAAUUUCUCCCAUGUGGUUCAAACAUACAUUUCCCGGGCAGAAUCUACACCCAACAUUACUGACAAAAUCGAUAUUCUUUCCAAAUUAAAAUGCUGCCAUGCGCUUUCAUUAUUAGGUGGAUCUGACUAUCCUAACCGUUACGCUUUGGUAGCAAACGAUUUAACAGAAGUCUCUUUCGAAUCCGCACCCCAUUUCAAUGAUAUCAUGUCUGCAAAUGAUGUAGCAAUUUAUGGUGGAUUAUGUGCUCUUGUUUCGAUGGAUCGUCGUCAAUUGCAGGCUCAAAUAUUGAACAAUACGAAUUUCAAGAGUUUUUUGGCGUUGGAACCAGCACUUCAUGAAUUGAUCGAGGCAUUUUACAAGUCAAAAUAUUCAUUAUGCUUUCAGUUAUUGGAAAACUACAAGCAUUCAUUAAAAUUGGAUAUGUACCUCGCAUCCCAUUUAGAUAUACUAAUUCAACUCGUGCGUGAAAAAGCCAUGGUCCAAUAUUGUAUACCUUACUCUGUCGUUGAUAUGAGAAAAAUGGCUGCCUCUUUCAAUAUUCCUAUUGAUGAGCUGGAGGAUGAUUUAAUCAUUUUAAUCAGUAGAAAAGAAAAGAUAGCAGCUCGUAUUAAUAGCCACGAAAAGAUCUUGUGUACAAGGAAGAAGGAAAAGAGAGAUCAGGCUUUUGAACGUUCUCUUGUAGCUGGUGCAGAAUAUGAAAAGGCCUCCAAGGCACUUUUAUUAAGAUUGAAUAUGCUGAAGGCUGAUUUGAUUGUCAGAUAAAGUAAAAAAUGAUGUAUUGAAAUAAAAAACAACGGUACGUUAACAGA